GUCUUUACAUCCGAGAUUCUUUUUUUUUUUUGCUCAUAGAACAGCAUCGAUGGUUCCAUUGCGCGGCCUUUUGUUUCUUUGCGUUGUUUUGUACAAGGUUUUUUUGUCUUUGUGGGUGCUCAUCAUCCGAUCCAACUUUUCCGACAAGUCCACAUUUCCGAAGAUGCCACAUCUUCAACCAAAAAAGGAGAUCCCCUACCUGAGGUUACAAUUUACAAAGAAAGUAAAACUCCACAGUUUCACCUACAAAGGAGAUAACUAAUAUUGUUAAACAUUAAUGAUAUCAUUUAAUUAAUAAGCGAUUCAUAUGCAAAAGAGAAAUUAACUAUAUAAUUCUUAGUAUAAUUUGUCAUCAUUUUUUUUGUGCCUACUUUUGAAAUUUCUUUUUUCUUCUAUAUUUUUUGUGUUUACUCAGCCGUUGACCACUUUCUCUAUUUAGUAAUCCCCGUGCAGCUACCAUCCCUUACUGAAAGUAGCAACAACAAUGGCAAUAACAACAAUACGAUCAGACAAUAUAUGUCAACAAGAUGAGUAAUCUAUGUUUGCUAUAACAUAAACAUUUGGCAAUGACUAAUAGUUAACACUGUGGCAUGCACCCCCGCUGACAUCGCACAAGGAAAGAAAAAAAAAAGUAAACAGAGUGAUUCAUCGUGUAAGCAUAUUAGCUAAGCAAGGUGGGAAACAACAUUUUUUAUGGGGUCGGAUCGGAGCACUAGGGAGGGGACGAAACUUGGGGCUAUGAUUAACAUUCUUAAAAAUCAAUUUAAAAGCCUAGAAUUACUCUUGUUUCAACUAUUGUAGAGCCUUAUUUCUGCAAAGUGUCUAAAUCUGGACUUUCAACAUUUGCUCUGUUUCAAUCCUUCACAUCAACCUGGAUUACUCGCUUUGCAUCCAUCUAGUUUGAUGUCGGAUUUGUAUCACAUCAGAUCAGGAAAUACCUAAAUCCAGCUAACUCCGCAGCUGGAAAUAGUGAUAAUCAUGCCCCUCCUAUCAUUUACUCCAUAAUUCGGUUUAAAUGUCGGAACUGCGCACUAUCUCCGAAUCUGUCCCUUCUUUUUCUCUUUCUCCCACAUAAUAUUUUUAGUCAGAUUGUACUUUCAUAUGCAUGCGGCGGGCCAUUAUGUGAAUAUAUAUACCGUUCCGAUCCUUAAAAAUCGUAAGCCUGAAUAAAUGUG